GGAAAACACUAGUUUCCGCGUCCGCGUUCUCGCACUCGGACGUAUUUAAUCCGUGUUUACUUAUCGUUCAAUUUGUGGUAUAAAAUAUUAUAAUAACCGAUAAUCUUUGAAAACCAUGUACGACAUUUAAAUACGAAGAAGUUUUUUACUGGUUGAAGAAAUAUGAUUCGUUUAGUUUGGCCAGUUUUGUUAUUAGUGCUGAUUUCAAUAACUGCAGAUGUCAACGCUAAGAAAUCGCGGCAUCACAGGCUUCAGGAAAUCCACGGUGGUAACACGCUGGUGCCGGUGACCGACGACGGUAUUCUGCCGUUGCCGACAGUCAAGCCAGGCGACGAGUAUGUGCAGGAAUCAGACGAAGACGUGGAAGACGAUGGUGAUGACGACGACGAUGAAGCCGACGACGACGACGGCGACGAAAGCGACGAAGAGGGCGAGGAGUCGGCCGAAGUAUUGGAAAAGCAAAACCCGUGUCUCGUACACUACUGCGGAAGGGGCGAGGAGUGCGCCGCCCUGGGCGGCGUUGCCCGGUGCAUAUGCGUGCGGAAAUGCGGUCCGGCCAAGCGCAGGGUGUGCGGUACAGACGGACGGCUGUACGACAACAGAUGUGAGCUGCACAAGUCCGGCUGUUUGUCCGGAGUCGACAUAGAGAUAGACCACUCGUUGAAGUGUUUCAUACCUUCAGCGUCCAAGGCGAAGAAUGUUCGGAUCCUACCGAAAACCGCAGACAACGCCAUUGAACCGGAAACCAAAUCGAAAGAAGCGAAAACGUGCGGUUCGCCGCAAUACGAAAUUAUGAAGGAUAAUUUGUUGCUGAUAAAUCACGCCAAACUCAUGUACCAGAAGAGUUGGAACGGCGGCAAGGAGUACAUGGUCAGCGCUUUGUUCCGCUACUUGGAUUUGGACGGCGACGGAUUUUUGCAACGCGAAGAAUUACAAAAGAUAACCAAACAGGAUAAGCUCGAUGAUAUAUCUGACGUUUGUGCCAUGUCAGACAUGAUUCGCUUUGAAGACAUGGAUAAAGAUGGACGUCUGGGUUUGAACGAGUUCUACGCAGCUUUCAGUAAACUAUACAGCUUGUCGGUGGUCACUCUGGAGAAAGCGCUCGAGAUCAAUAGGAUAUCCGCAAAGGUCGGCGACAACGUGGAGAUCCGCUGCGACGUGAGCGGCAACCCGCCUCCUCCGAUCGUCUGGAAACGAUAUUCCGCCGACCUAACGACCCUCGGCGACGAGGACGUGAGGGUUUUCAGCGACGGGUCGCUGUACCUCACCAAGAUACAGUUGGUCCACGCCGGGAAUUACACGUGCAGAGCUCUGAGAAACUCGGAGGUGACCCAGACGCACGUGUUGACCGUCCACACUCUGCCCGAAGUUAAAGUAACGCCCAGAAUCCAAUCGCGAAGACCAGGCGAAAAGACUUCCAUGUUUUGUCACGUAAUCGGAGAACCUUUUCCCGAGGUGGUUUGGCUGAAAAACGAAGAGCGUUUAAAGUUGGACAUGGUGCACAAGUACAGAGUGGUCGGCAACGGAACGGAACUGAGUAUUGAUAACAUCGAUUACGCUGACACCGGAGCGUACAUGUGCCAGGCGUCGAACACCGGUGGGGUCACCAGAGACAUAUCGUCACUGAUCGUUCAAGAAAUUUUGACGCCUAGUGAGUUUGCCGCGCCGAAAGAAGAACGCCGGUUUUUCGCUUUUCACGACUGGGGAGUGUCUGUUUACGAGCCCACCGCUUGCCGGCUCUACCAUCAAAUCCAGUCCACGGACAUCAUACCGGGAACUCAGGAAUACGUGUGCGGUGACAAAGGUGUCAACUGCAGCUGGGGCCAGGCCAUCAACGUGGCCAACCGUUACGUUUACGUGUCGCAGCCGCUCAAAGACAGAGUGUUGGUCAUCAGCAAGAUUCAGAUGGUCGUCGUCGACGUCGUGAUCACGGACAAAUAUCCAGUGGCUCUGCACUACGUGGCGCAUCUAGAUCAGGUGUGGGUGUUGAAUUGGAGGAGCGUGUACGACGACGGAGUGAAGACGAUUCAGGUGAUUAGAGAUGCGUCGCAAAAGCGAAAACACCACACCGUGCACCCAGAACCGAUAGACGGACAAUUCGAUUUGGUCAGAGACUUGUUCAUGCCCACGGCACAGGACCUGAGCCACUGGUUCAAGUACGGUUACGUGAGCCACGCCAACCAAAGAGGACUUUACAAACUGGAUUUGGCCAACAUGCGGUACAUUAGAAGUAUAGACCUGUCGCCAUACAACUGCGUACCCCGUACCCUGCAAUUUUCGUCCUUGUACGGUUUUGUCAUCAUCGAAUGCGAGGAACCGGGAACCGGACACGCGACGGGUCAGGUAAUCUUAGAUUAUUUGACCGACACGGUGGUCAACAAAAAGGCCACGGUCAGAGGAAGUCCUUUGGUUUCGCCGGACAGCAGAGUCGUCGUGUCCAUCGACAAGGCCGCCGACGGUGUGACCUUGGUUGUCCAACAAGUUUUAGAAUCUGGCCUCAAAUUUUCGUUCGACGUCAAAACCACUCUAAUGAUCAGCGACAUAGCGUUCUAUCCUUCUCGAACCACACACGGUUACGAUUUGUACGCCAGCGCCGCCGACAAAGAGGACAUACUGUUUUUGAAUCUAUCCAACGGUAAAGUGGAAAUGAUCACCGGCGUGGGCAAGGCGAUGCUCCAGUCGUUGACGCAAUGGGGUAACCCCAACCGCCCGAUAGCCGCGUCCGGUAUCUUCGGUCACUACAUGGUCACGCCGGCCGACGAAGCGCUGUUCGUGAUCAACGGCGAGACCCGGACGGUGAACUGCGAGAUCGGAGGUCUGAUCCAUCCCAGACUGGUCACGUGGGUCACCAUGCAGUUGCAGUGAACAGAAGACAGAACUCAAAGAUGAAAUAAAAAAAAAAAAAAUCGCGUUGUUAUUGAUUAUUAUUAUUAUUAUUAUUAUUAUUACUAUUGUUGAUGCCGUCAUUAUUAUCUCAUUCUUUCAUAUUUUCUCGCUAAUAACAAUAUCUUCAUCCCGUCGUGUUGCUUUUAAACAUUAUUAUUUUUCGUUUCGUUCGGUUUCGUUUAUGUCAUGACUUACGUACUUCACACACACACAUUAUAAUAUUAUAGCGGAUUAGGCGUAUGCGUUAAGUUUAAAAUAAUAUUUAAUCGUAUAUUAUGUCGUGUUAUAAAAUAAUAUCCGAUGAUAAUAAUAUAUUAAUAUGAUAUAAUAAUAUUAUAUAUACAUAGUAAUAAUGAACCGGGCGCGGCGGCGGCCACUUUUCACGUUAUUCGGACAUCGUCACAAUAAUAAUAAUAUGCAUAAUACAAUACGCUUAUUUUUUCGUGGUUUUUUUCGUAAUAUUUAUCUAGCCGCCGGAGUCGACAAAGUUCGCAACUGGGUCGUUUUUUUUUUUUCAAACUACAAUAAAAAAAACCGUCGGGUUUCGUCGUUUCAUUCAUUUUUCUGACUCCGAGCCAAAAAAUAUAUUAUUUUAUAUUAUUAUUACUGCGUCGUCGUCGUCGUCGUCGUCCCCGUCUUCGAGAUUGUCCAAAGCCCAGACGAUAAUACUCACGUAUUGAUAAUGUGACUUAAAUAUAUCGAGAGUAUAAUACAUAGAGAGCGGCGUGACGGUAAAAUUUCACUACCCACACACCAAUAAAUUUUUUCUGUUCUCGGUAUAUAGGUACCUACACAUUACCGGUGACGAUACCAUUACUGUAAUAAUAUAAUAUAUUCCUUUUUUCGCUAGCGAUAUAUCCCAUCUAAACGGCGCAGUUCGCGACACGUCAUCGCCGGAUGACGUAUUAAAAAUCAAAAUAAUAUAAUAUAUAAUAUUUACCCACCUGUGUAGAACCCAUCAUAGACAUAUAAAUGUAAUGUAUAUAAUAUGUCUAUGGUAGAAACCAUCGAAAAGUGACGUUCCAGAUCGACGGCCAACUCUUUAAUACGUAAUAUUAUAUUAUAAUAUAUAGAUAAUAAUAAUAAUAAUAUUAUAUUUUCGUUUAGUGCGUAUUAUGCCUACGUAUGAUAUUAGUUAGUGCGUCGCGAGUGGAUUUAUAAUACCUAACAUUAUACAUUUCAAACAAGGACGUUUUUUUUUUUUUUUUUUACAUAGACAAUUAUUGUCCGAUUAAAACUUAUCGAAUAAUGACAUAAAUCAAUUUUAAACGCAAUAUACAGACGUUGUGACGACGGCGCAAUACUCUCGCAUUAGCCAUUUGUAAAAUAUUAUCAUCUCGAGCGGGCGCGGCAGCAUAAUUCGAAAAUGUUGAAAAUAUACGUUUACAGCACAGAUCAAAUGAUAAUAAAUUUUCAAUUUUCAAUCUGUGUUCACAGUGUGGACGUGUACCGCGUCGCCAUGCAGUGCGCAUGUGUGCACAAUAUUUUCCGUCCGAUUUUUGUAGUUUCUUUUCGAUCCGUUUACCGCUGUGAUCCGCCUCGAGAAAUAAAAUAUUGUCACGUGACAAAAAAAAAAAAAAAAAACAAAAAAAAUGAAUGAAUAACUAUUGUAAUAAUUUUAGUGUUUUACGUGUGUUGUAUAAUAAUAAUAUAUUAUGAUUAUAAUAUAUGUAAUGGUUCGGCGCCAUCGUUUAUAUAAUAUAAUAUAUAGGAGAAGCGUACUAUAUAAUUAAUAUAUUACUACUUACUUAGACGUAAUAUUAUAAUAAAGUAAUAAUAAUAUUAUACAAGGUGAUUCAUUAGAACGUUAGAACACUUAUUUUUCUCGAAAAGUUUAUUUGGAAAUAUUGUUUUUACAUAAAAUUUUAAGUCAUUUAAUAACCGCAGAUUGUUGAAGAAAAUUAAAUUAUUACUUCUGUUGAAUGGCACCAAUACAUUUAUAUCUAAUUUAUAUGUUCAAAUUAUUCUGAGGCAAAACACUUUUAUAGAAUAUUUAAGUAAUACAUAAAUAUCGAUUUUUGAACCAGUAAUUAGUAUAAAUUAUAACUCAUAACUUAUAAGUAUUUAGUUCCGAUGAACAGAGUGAAGUAGCACAGGGGUCCUCCACAAAGUUUUUCUACUGUACACUAUCCGCUCAUUUUUUUUUUUAAAUUGAUUUAUUGUUAUGAUUCAUAAUAAGUACAUUUUAUGACGUAAUAUGAAUAAUUAAAAUUAUAGGUCCAUGGGAAUAUUAGGGGAUACAUGUCAGAAGAAAGUUAACUACGGCAAUUAGCAGCACGUUCGAUAAUUGUUAAUAUUGAUUAUAUUGUAAGUGUCACGUCCAGGACGUCCUUAAAUACUUACAAAGUUAUAAGUUAUAACCAAUUGACUUCUCGUUCGAAAUUAGAUUUUCAAAUAUAUUGAAAUCUAAAAACUUUUGAUUUGAAACAUUAAAAAACGAUAA